UAACGCGUUUGUCUCCUCAGGCCUGGCUGUUGUUGGUCCACCAUCGUGGCGGAUAGACUGAAGUUAAGAGGUGAAGUUGUUUGCCACACUGGUCAGAUGAGAGAUGAUGUGAGAGAGGGAGCCUGUGUUGUGAAGAGACAGAGGAUGAAAGACGAUAGCGCAGCACAGAGAGGAGCGUCCACGGACUCAACAUGAGCCACACUUCAAAAGAACUUGAGCUAUCAGUUCAACCGUCGUCACAUUGUGAUGCUGAGCGGGGGCGCCAGCCACCUCCUCUCCCCCCGGCCCAGGACCCUGCUGAGGCCCGCCUCUGGUUCGACCUCCAGCAGGUCCCUCUGGCACAGCAGCAGUCCGGUUCGCCGCCUCAGAGUCCCAAGCGACAGCAGCUGAUCCUGCUGCUGGUCCUGGGGUUCUGCUCAUGUGCUGCCGUUCUGGGGCUUGUUUACUACAUCAGUUGCGGCCCAUCCGACCUCGCCGCCCCAUGUCUCUCGCAGGCCUGCCAGUGGGCCUCCACUCUCAUCAACAAGUCUGCAGACCCGUUCACCCGACCCUGCGACUACUUCCUGUUCUCGUGUGGUUCUGAAAGACCUCCACCCGACAGCCGGGCCAGGCAGAGAAAGAAGGGGGUCCUGGGCCCUGCAUGGUCGACUGAUGAGCUGGACCGGUCGGCAGUCCUGCUGCGAUAUCUCAGGGGGGUUUUAGAAUCCAACUACGGAAAUGACAGCUCAGCCGUACAGAAGACAAGAUGGUUCUACACUUCCUGUCUGGACACUAGCUCUAUCAACGCGGCCGGAGCAGAACCCUUCCUGGCACUGGUAGAAGAGCUUGGUGGGUGGGCCGUGAUGGGCAAGUGGAACCAGACGGACUUCAACUCCACACUCCUGAACGUCCUGAUGAGGGACUUCUCCACCUUUCCCUUCUUCAACGUCUUUGUGGGCAAAGACCCUCGUGACUCUGGAAGUAACAAAUCCAGGAGAUACAUCCAGAUCGACCAGCCAGAUCUGAUGAUCCCCAUCGAGUGGAACAGCAAGACCCAGAAGUCUCGGGCCAAUACUCAGAGCCUGCGGUUGUUCCUGGCCAGCUGUCAGAAGUACCUGUCCUUGCUCGGAGUGCCCACUGGCAGCAGCAUGAUGCACGUGUGGACCUUUGUGUCGCUGUCGUCGGAGCUGGCUGUGGCUGCUGCUCCUCUGGGCCACCGUCUGUCUCAGGGUCAGCUUCACCAGCGUUUGAGAAUCGGAGAGUUGCAGGUCCAGGCGCCGGCCAUCGACUGGCUGGAUUGCUUGAGGACGGUUUUCCAUCCGCACCCCUUCACUGAAGAAGACCUCGUCCUGGUGCAUAACCUGCCCUACAUCGUCCAAAUGUCCCAAACCAUCGCCAAGUGGAUGAAGAAACAAGACCUGCGCACCAGUGGACCCCUCAACACCUACAUGAUCCUGAACCUGCUCCACACCCUCAUGCCUGCGCUGGACUCCAGGUUCUCCCUGACAGCCAGGAAUGUAUCCGCUUCAUGGAGAGACUCUGACGGGGUAGUUCCUCGCUGGAAACGCUGUGUGCUGGAAACUGAAAAGGGAUUUGAUGCGGUUCUGAAGCAUCUUCUCAGAGAACUGGCCACGCACCGAGAGGCUGGCGAGAUGGUCCAGAACAUGUUCUCCUCUCUCAAGACCGAACUACAAGAACUCAAGUGGAAAAAUGAGACGGCUCAGCAGUAUAUAAUGAAAAAGGUUCAGUCUCUUUCUGCCGGUCUGGAGAUGAGCACAGAGAUUCCCAGCCUGGGCGAGCUCGACCUGAUGUUUGCAAGGGUGUCUGUGAGCAGAUUGAACUUCUUCUCCAACUAUGUCCGACUACUUUCUCUGUGGCAACAGAGACGCUGUCAACUGCUGAUGGACCCGACUGACAGAGCGGACGCUGUUGAAUUUUCCCGUCCUAGUUUGUCAGUGACUCCGACCCUUCAGGAAAACCGACUUGUCUUUCCCAUGGGGAUGUUUGUCCCUCCUCUCUUCCACCCCACUUAUCCCAGGGCAGUGAACUACGGCGUGAUGGGUUUCCUAGUCGCCAAAGAUGUCCUCCAUCUGCUGCUUCCCCACAUCUGGUUCCAGAGCGACUCGGUCCGGAAUGUGGGCGAGUGUGUGUGGGCUCACUACCUGAGUGUGACCGGAGGGUCAGGUGGUGUUGGAGCGCUGUCUCAGGAGCAGCAGCAAGAAGUCUGGGUGCAGCAGACCGCCCUGCAGGUGGCGCUAAAGGGUUAUGAUAAGAGCCUGAAGAGGAACCCGACCGACUCGUCCAUAUCUGGGCUUUCUCACUCCCGACUGCUCCUGACCUCCUUCUCACAGAUCACCUGUGCUGCCGAUCCCUCCCACCCACUGAUGCCGCUGCACUCAUCCUUCCUGGUCUCCUCCAUCUGUGCAGACUCUCCUCUGUGUCCUUCCAGACUGCAGUGUCUGGACACGACCGACCAGCACCUACCAUGCUGAACACACUACUGAAGUCAUCUCAAAUACCACCUCUUUCAAAUGUCUUGGAGAAUUAGUUUGUGCUGUUAUAAUGUAUUAGACAAUGAAAUAAAUUUGUUAAA